CUUGUUUUCUGAAGAAUCCAAUAAAAUUUCCUUCUUUUUCAAUCUUCAUCUUCAACCAAAGUCUGGGAAGUGAAUUAAGAGCAGGAUGGAAUAUGGGGGGUUGGUGCAAAAUUGUGGGUUUGGGAGCUUGUGGGAGUGUGAUUCGGCCUCGGAAGAAGAUUCGAUCGAGGAGGUGCUGGCAGAAGGUUGCUGGGUGGAAACGAGUGGCGUUGGGAGCUGCGAGGCUCAGUAUAUUGGAAGUUCAGAAGCGGAGAUGGAGGUGGAGUUGAGGAAGAGAUGGUGGAUUGGACCCAACAAGGCUAAUUCCUCCGUCAAAGACAGACUGGUGGUGGCUGUCUGUUAUCUCAGAGAAUGCACAAAGAACUCCAAUCUCAUGAUUCAGGUGUGGGUUCCCUUACGCAGAGGGCUUGUAGCUGGGCCUGAGUACCUCACCAGAAAUUUAGAUGACUGGGUUGCAGUUGAGAUGAACAUGAACGUCAACAUGAACAGCGCAAGGGAUGUGAGCCUUCGAUUCUACCGAAGCCAGGAGUACCCUCGGCUUCCUUAUUACGUGGAUCUUCCUGGUUCUUUAGCCCUCCCUGUGUUCGAAAGAGGCACCGACACAUGCCUCGGUGUCAUCCAGAUUCUAACGCCUCCCUGCGACACCAUCAACUAUUGCCCGCAGCUUCUUAACAAUAAUCUUCUCUGCAAUCCUUUCCAGGCAUUCGAGGAGGUGUACGAAGCGGCGGUGAAUGAGAUUGUGGAGGUGAUGAGGUGUGUGUGCAGGGCGCAGAAUGUGGCAUUGGCUCUCAGCUGGGCUCCUUGUUGCAUCCAGCAGGGAGGGAAGUGUGGUGGGUAUGGCCAUUCAACGGAGAAUCACUUGUCAAUAGUGGAGAGAGCGUGUUUUGUGGGAGAUGCACAGGUUCUGGGCUUCAAGGAGGCUUCUUCUCAGCAUCAUCUCUUGCGAGGACAGGGAAUCGUUGGCACGGCCUUCACAACGGCCAAGCCCUGUUUUGCGAUCGACGUAGCCGCCUUCACCAGAGCCCAGUAUCCUCUGGCUCACCACGCCAACAUCUUUGGCCUGCACGCUGCCGUCGCCAUUCCUCUAAGAAGCCUCUACACCGAUUUUGUCGUCGAGUUCUUCCUUCCUAAGGACUGCCGUGACAGGGAACACCAAAGCCACUUCCUCAGCUCAAUAUCCCUGAUCCUUCAGCAGUCUUGCCGGACCUUGCAUGUUGUCAUGGGGGACGAGUUCACGUUACCCCCGCUGCCGCCGCCGCCUCCACCACAGCCGCAGCCAUACGUUAAUAACAAAGAGGAGAUAGUUAUGAGUGAGAAAUCGGACUCGCAGUGGCAGGCAGAAGCGUGCGGGUCGUGGAUCGCGCACAUGAUGGAGGCCCAGGCCCAGGAGCAGAAGGCGAAAGGAGUGUGCGUGUCGUUGGAAUACCUGGAAGAGGCGAAAGAGGAGUUCAAAGUGACAGGCAAGUGCCGGUGGGAGAGUGGCAGCGGCAGCGCUUACGAUGCAGUAGAGGUUCAGGAGCAGCAUAUGUUCGGCGAUGAAUCUCAGACCCAAACACAAACUCAGAAUUUUGGCGGGCGACGUGGCAGAAAGUCCGGCGAGAAGAGGCGUACGAAGGCGGAGAAGACCAUCAGUUUGCCAGUUCUGAGACAGUACUUCGCCGGAAGCCUGAAAGAUGCAGCAAAGAGCAUCGGAGUGUGUCCAACAACUCUGAAAAGGAUAUGCAGACAGCACGGAAUCACGAGGUGGCCAUCGAGGAAGAUAAAGAAAGUAGGGCACUCUUUGAAGAAGCUUCAGCUAGUGAUCGAUUCGGUGCAGGGUGCAGAGGGUGCCAUACAGAUCGGCUCUUUCUACAACAGUUUUCCAGAGUUGAGCUCUGCCACCUCUCAGUCGAAGAACAAUAACAGCAGCAACAACAACUCCUCCUCCUUGUACGGCCAUUCCCCACCGUCAUCCUCGUCUCCUUCCACCGUGCCUCCUCAACAGCAGCAUCUGUAUUUCAGCACACCCAACGUGUCCCAAACAGGUCUUCGGGUGAAGGCUACUUUUGGGGAUGAAAAAAUCCGUUUCAGCUUGCAACCGAAGUGGGGUUUCAGAGAUUUGGAGGUUGAGAUCGGAAGGCGUUUCAAUGUGAAGGAUUUGGGGAAUUUGGUGGUAAAGUAUUUGGAUGAUGAAGGAGAAUGGGUUGUUUUGGCCUGCGAUGGUGAUCUUGAGGAGUGCAAAGAUUUGCAUACAACCUAUGAGAGCCGCACCAUUAGACUUGCCCUAUUUCAACCUUCUCCUUAACCUUACAAUUUCCCAACCAUUUUAUUUAUUUAUUUCUUCCUUCCUUCUUCCUUCAAAUCCUAACAUUUCCAUCAACAUUAUAUAUAUAUAUA